AUGAACCUCCUGGUAAAAGCAGUGCUUCUUCGAACUCUUGGCUUCUUACUUUGGGUCUCACUCAGUGCUUGGUUGUUUGUUGUGGUCGAAUACAAGGAAGCAGACGAAAAAGAAGAAAAAUAUCAGUUGUUGCUCUCUCUGUACGAGUUUCUCGCGUCUAAAUACAACAUGAGCAUAGAGGAGUUUAAUAACAUCUCCAAUUCCGCAUACGAGGCUUUGAGCCAGCCCAAGAUACAAUGGACAUACUCCAAUGCAAUGGCUUUUGUUUUUCAGUCUUUGACCACCAUUGGCUAUGGAUACAUCACUCCCCAGACGCAGACAGGUCAAUUGCUUUGCAUCUGCGUCUCGUUACUGGGGAUUCCCAUCACUUUGCUCGCAUUUAAGUCCGUCGGUGAACUCAUCGCCAAAGGUGUGGCCACAUUUGUUACAAAGUUUGAGAGGAAAAUCUUAAAGAGGCCUGAGCCCAAAAAGUUGCAAGCAAAAAGUGCUCUAAUUCUGUUUAUGAUGAUGUUAUUGUUGAUAGUGUUAAGCAGCCUGUUGCUAGUAUAUUUUUUAAAUUGGUCUUUUGUCACGAGUGCGUAUUUCUGGUUCAUAACAUUUUCUACAAUCGGAUUUGGUGACUACGUGCCAGAAAUUCCACAAAGGAUCAGGCAAUUAACUCCAAAUAACUUUACACACGAAGACAACGACAAUAAACCAAGCGACGGAGAAAGAACCACUUUUGCUAUUUUCGAAGGCCUGUUUCUCACAUUUUAUUUAAUUUUGGGCUUGUGCGUCGUCUCGAGUGUUCUUAAUUCCAUUAUGAUGGCCCUCGAAGAAUAUAAGUGUCGACCUCCGUGUCCCGGAUGUAUCCCUCGAAAAACGCAGCAUCAAGGGAACAUUGACGAUUACACUCCAACGGAAGGCGAAGCCAACGCGACUUACUUGAGCAUGAAUAACUAUGGAUUUCACAAAGAUAACAUGACAUCAGUGGCUGAGUAA